AUGCUAUAUACAACAGCUUUCGAAUUCACAUUGGCAAUGCUCUACAGUUUGAACGACUUUGAUAAGGCUCUCAAAAACGCGACAGAUGUUCCAAUCUACGAGAUUUGGUAUCAGGCCACGAGAUCUGAAGCUGCAGCAACUGUAUUUAUCUUAAUCCUCCUCUGUAUUGCACUCAUUGCUCUAAAUGCAUGUGUUGAGUCUAGCUCACGUCUCACCUCGUCUUUCGCACGAGACAAUGCACUCCUCGGAUCCUGCUUCAUUGGCCAAGUUCACCCGAGACUACAGGUUCCUGUUGGGGCCCUUGUUGCUAACUCGGCGGUCAUCUUCGUCAUUGGCUGCAUCUAUCUGGGAUCAACCUCCGCUUUCAAUGCGUUCAUCGGCUCCGGUCUCCUCUUGCAGCAAUGCAGUUUCGCCACGCCGGCUGCGUUGCUUCUUUGGCACCGUAGAGCUGAGGGUGUUCUUCCUCAAUCUCGAGCUUUUAAGCUUGGUGCUUUUGGAUGGAUUGCCAAUCUGAGCACUGUGUUCUUUGCGCCGCUUAUUACUAUCAUGUACUAUUUCCCUGUUGCGCUGCCGGUCACAGGAGGAACAAUGAAUUACACAAGCGCGGUACACUAUAAGGGCCCUCGUCUUCCGGCCAUGUAG